UGACGUGAGCGGACAAAGGCAGCGCGCCGCGAGGUGUCUGCCUGGUUAGGUCCGAUCCAGGCGGUUGUUGCCUCUAGGUCUUCGCUGCUGCGCCGCCCUCUCUUCCUCGUCCCUCUCUCGGGUCCCGGGAGCCGCCCCCGGGUUUCCCCCGCGAGAGGCCGGGGUAAGGAGGCGCUCAGUUCGGAGCCGGCACACGGCGUGCCCGUUACCUGGGAGUUGCUGUCAUCGUUCCCCUUGGACACGGCCCCAGGCCUGGCCGGACAGGCCCGCCGCCGGGAGACCUUGCAGCCAAGAGCAUCCUGCCAUUCUCCUAUGUCCAACUGCAGACACACAGAUCCGAGGAGAACAGGCCCUGCCCCGCAGGCUGCGAGGAGGAGGAGGUGCUGGGCUAAUGGUGCUGAAAGUCAUGACCCUGCCUGGGAAGCUAAACCCCGGAGGGCCGGCGAGGCAGAGAGAGAGGAGAGCCAGGCAAGGAGGCGCCACUGCGGAGCUGCAGCAGACACAGUGGGAGACAGUAUGACGAGCAAGGUGAUAGAAGACGAGAAGCAAUUCUACUCCAAGGCCAAGACGUACUGGAAGGAUGUCCCCCCGACGGUGGACGGCAUGCUCGGGGGGUACGGCCACAUCUCCAGCAUCGACAUCAACAGCUCCCGGAAGUUCCUGCAGAGGUUUCUGAGGGAAGGCCCCAACCCGACGGGGACCUCCUGCGCCCUGGACUGCGGCGCCGGCAUUGGCAGGAUCACCAAGCGGCUGCUCCUGCCGCUCUUCCGGGCGGUGGACAUGGUGGACGUGACGGAGGACUUUCUGGCGAAAGCGAAGACCUACCUGGGUGAGGAGGGCAAGAGGGUGAGGAACUACUUCUGCUGCGGCCUCCAGGACUUCAGCCCGGAGCCCAACUCCUACGACGUCAUCUGGAUCCAGUGGGUGAUAGGCCACCUGACCGAUCAGCACCUGGCCGAGUUCCUGCGGCGCUGCAAGCAGGGCCUGCGCCCCAACGGCAUCAUCGUCAUCAAAGACAACAUGGCCCAGGAGGGCGUGAUCCUGGACGAUGUGGACAGCAGCGUCUGCCGGGACCUCGAGGUGGUCCACGGCAUCGUCCGCAGCGCCGGCCUCAGCCUCCUCGCCCAGGAGCGGCAGGAGAACCUCCCCGACGAGAUCUACCAUGUCUACAGCUUGGCCCUGAGAUGAGCCGGGCCGCAGGGCAAGAGGGGCCGGCGGGGGCGGACAGCUGGCAGCCAGGUGCCAUCAGAGGCUCAUGCCGACGGUUUGCAGGAGCUGAGUGAGGCCAGUAAAUGUACCUGCCCGCCAUCCACUGGCCAUACAGGCUCUUUGUAACCGCAGGACCCACCGGGAGGCGUGCCAUCCAAUGGGCAGAGGCAGGCGCCUGGCUCCGCUGCCCUCGGGUGGGGCCUGGGCAGUGCGGGUCUGUGGGGUAUGGCGACCAGAGGAAGAGAACCCUGACCCCGGCUGAGGACACGGCCUCCGGGGAGAGGCGCGGCCGCUGUAUCACAGCUGGUGGCAGGUUCCUGUUCCAAGUCCUCUGGUGAUGGGCCCUGGUGUCCCUAACGUGGUGGUCACAGCAGCCUGCAGCCGGCAGAGGCCCACGGCUCACUUCUGGCCGUGCCUUGUAGUUCCUCCUUGGCGGACGUUUCCAGUCAGAAAUAAAAAGGGUGAAUCCCUGUGUUGGAAGGCC